AUGUACUUCAAGUUCCUCUGCUCCCCCAGGCCCUGCCUUGCUCUUCGCUCUUGUCCCGUCGUACCCGCCUUUUGUCCGAUCCCCCAUCUUAGGCCUCGCCCACUGCAACCCCACCUACGCCCUCGUUUCCAAUCCGGCAUGUCCGACGUUGAAGCCGCUAAGCGCGCCGCAGCAAAGGCCGCAGUCGCAAACCACUACCCCCACGAGGCCCGCUGGGUCGGGAUCGGCAGUGGCACCACCGUGGUUUACGUAGUCGAGGCUAUCAAGGAACUUGGUGUUGAUACCUCUGCGACCCGCUUCGUCCCAACCGGUUAUCAGUCCCGCCAGCUCAUUGUCAAGGCGGGCUUGACGGCUGUCGAGUUUGAUUCUAUCCCCGCGGGCACGAUCCUCGAUGUGGCUUUUGACGGAGCGGACGAGGUUGACGAUGAACUAAACUGCAUCAAGGGCGGCGGCGCCUGCUUGUUCCAGGAGAAGAUCGUAGCCAUGCAGGCAAAGGAGUUUAUUGUCGUAGCUGACUCUCGCAAGCUUCAGUCGCGCCUCCUUACCAAUUGGAAAUACGUUCCUAUCGAGGUUGCCCCUAUCGCCGCAUACCGCGUCCUGACCAAGCUCAAGGAGCUGGGUAGUACCAACCCUGUAAUCCGCACCAUGGCAGAUGAGAAGCAGGGCCCCCGGAAGACCGACCAAGACUUCUUCAUCAUCGAUGCGCCGUUCCCACAGCUCCUCACCAAGGCGGAUGUUGCUGCCGGAAAGACCGGCGAGGGCAUUGAGGGUGUUUGGGAAGUUAACACCUUGGCUCGCCGCAUCGUCGAGAUUGCGGCCGCCGCCGGUGGUGUCGGUGGUCAGCGACCAGUUGCGGCGUACUUC